UGUUCCAAGAGCGUCAGACAUAAUCUCAUCAUCUCAUGCGUUCUUCCCCUUUCCAGCCAAUUCUGGUUCCCCUCACCUCAAGAACUUGGCAGUGGAGCAAGAAGGUCUUGUGAGUCCUGUCGGAGGUAGAAACGAGAACACCAGUCCAAGAUGGAAAAGCAGCACUCGGCUAGUCCCGAACCAGGAAGAAGCCCUCACGGGAUUGUGAUUGGGAGCAGGGCAGCAUCAUCCUGGGAAAGACCAAGGCAGAAGGACCUGGGGAUGCUUUUUGGCAGCUUGGACAUGCAGCGCAAGCGGUUCAGGAGAUUCUCCUACCAGGAUUCCAAGGGACCCCGAGAGGUUUGCAGCCAGCUCCACAAACUUUGCCGUCAGUGGCUCAAGCCUGAGAUUCAUACGAAGGAUCAGAUUGUGGACUUGGUGAUCCUGGAGCAGUUCCUGGCUAUCUUGCCCCCGGAAAUGCAGACCUGGGUGCGGGAAUGUGGGGCCGAGACCACGGCUCAGGCGGUGGCCCUGGCCGAAGGCUUCCUCCUGAGCCAGGCAGAGGAGAAGAAGCAAGAAAAGGAGCAGUUGACGGGAGCGUUAAUUAAAGUGGCCGCCGGUUUCCCUCCAGUCCAAAUAGCUUCUCUGGGUGCCAGAGGUUGGGCACCAUUUGGAUGGAUCAUACAGGAGAGCUAUGGAGCUGCCCGAUUGCUGGAUGGCAGAAUGAGCCUGGAUUUGAGUUCAGGACCAUUUCCUGGAGGAUUUAAUAUUGUUGUCGUGGAGCCAGAAUCGGUAAGAAAAAAAAGACGGAGACAAGAUCCUCAGGACUGGGUGACCUUUGAGGAUGUGGCUGUGCAUUUCACGGAGCAGGAGUACGCCCUUUUGGAUCCAGCCCAGAAGGCUCUGCAUUGGGAAGUCAUGGAGGAAGUUUCUGCUCAUGUGGCUUUUGUAGGCGAUAAAGAGAACGAAGAACAGAGAACCAAAACAGAAUGCGAACAGCAGCAGAGCACGAGCCUCCCUCAUCAUCCGGGGAUUCAAACCGCAGAAAAGAAAUUUAAAUGCUUAGAGUGUGGGAAGAGCUUCACGCGCAGAAGCCGCCUCACUAAACAUCAAAGAACCCACACGGGAGAGAAACUUUACAAAUGCUCGGAGUGUGGGAAAAGCUACUGGGACAUCCACGGGCUGACGAAGCAUCAAAGAACCCACACGGGAGAGAAGCCCUAUAAGUGCUUAGAGUGUGGGAAGGGCUUUAGCCUGUUGUCCACUUUUAAUUUUCACCAAAGAAUCCACACCGGAGAAAGACCUUUUAAAUGCUCAGAGUGUGGGAAGAGCUUCACAAACAACAGCCACCUGACGUCGCAUCGGAACAUCCACGCUGGGGAAAAACCCUUUAAGUGCGCAGAGUGUGGGAAGAGCUUCUCCUGGAGCAGUAAUCUGACAGCCCACCAGAAAAUCCAUACAGGACAAAAGCAAUUUAAAUGCUCAGAGUGUGGGAAGAACUUCUUUUGGCAUAGCAGCCUUAUCGCCCACCAAAAAAUCCACCGGGGCCAAAAGCCGUUUGUAUGCCCGGUUUGUGGAAGAAGCUUCUUUCACUCCAGUAGCCUUCGCAGACACGAAGGGACCCACAAGGAGAAAAAGCCUUUGACCGGCGAGAAACCCUAUAAAUGCUCCGAGUGUGGAAAGAGCUUCACGCACAGCACCAACCUGACGGCCCAUCAAAAAAUCCACACGUGUGAAAAUCCCUUCACAUGUUCCGUGUGUGGGAAAAUCUUCUGUCACCCAAGUAGCCUUAGUAGACAUCAAAGAAUCCACAAAGAGAAGAACUGUAUAAACGGAGAAAAAAUGUAUAAGAGCGCAGAGUACGGGAAGUGCUUCAAUCUGCCUCCUCUUCUAGAUAAUCAAAGAAUUGACACUGGUGAAAAACCAUUUCCUUAUUCAGACUGCGGAGAGACCUUCCCUCAGAACACGGACCUUAUAGCUUGUCAACAAAACUAUGGAGGCCAAGAACCAUUUACAUGCUUAGAGUUUUGAAGAGCGCUUCAGGGCAGAGCUGUAGUCUAACUAACCCAGGCGGAAAAGAAACAAUACCAAUGUUAUUGUUAGAACGUAGGGCGACCCUGUGAAUUAAUGAUCUUCAGAAGCUCCUAACAUUAACUUCUCUUGUUCAGGUCCUGCAAAUUCAAGGUCUCAGCUUCAUUAUUGAGUUAAUCCAUCUCAUCUUUGGUCUUCCUCAUUUCCUACUGCCUUCCACUUUUUCCAGCAUUAUUGUCUUUUCCGGAGAGUCUUGUCGUAAUGCGCCCAAAGGAUGACAGCCUCUAUUUCAUCAGUUUUGCUUCUAGAUUGAGUUCAGGCUUGAUUUGAUCAAGGACCCCUUGGGUUGUCUUUCUGGUGGGCUAGGGUAACCAUCAAUCAUUUUUUCGCCCCUGUCAACUUUUCUGAGCCUCCAGAUUCCAAAGAAGUCACUCUGCUAGUCUGACUCAGCAUGUUGGCAAAAGAAAACGGGGUAGGGGUGGGAAGAGUGAAAUGUUUUAUUGCACUUCAAAGACACAAUAGUUCUCUUCCUUGUGUUGAAAUCCACUUCUUCAGACACAGGAGUGCAAACGGCUGGCCCCUAUAUGCUGUUGAGAUUCAUGUCCAGGGGAGGAAAUAGAUAACGAACAAUAUGGCAAUGGUUCGUUAACACAAGAACGUGACCACCCAGCUGUUACCUAGCAAAUCCUGGCCGGGGUAGUGGCCAGCUAGGUAGAUUUGCCUAUUGCAGGAAUACUAAGUGUUCCUGUGAACCUAUUAAGAGAAUCUGUCCCCUUGAAAGAGCAAAGAAGCCACCGUUGGGUUCCAGCAGCUGAUCAGGUUCAGAAGAAGGUUCCUUCAACUAGACCAAGCGGCAGAAGAUAACAGAGAUCUCUGGCUCCCAUCUCAUUUGUCUUCUUCAUCCUCCAUCUGUUUCCACCUGACCUCCCUCUGCCCAAUUUGGAUGUCUUUUGACCAGGCUCCAGCCUGCUCCCUGUUUGACCUGUAAAUGAUUUAUGGACUGGCCACUUGACUUUGGACUCUGGACUCUUCUCACAGGACUCCCCAAUGACUGCCCAGUGCGCCAAGCUGAACUGGUCUCCACUGUCUAGUUUCUGGACCUUACUGCCUACAUGGAAUGGUAGCUGUGGAGCUGUGGUUGGUACUGACAUUACAGCUGGACCCACAUGGUCACCGGGGAUCAGUUCCAAGCCCUCCCGCAGAUGCUAAAAAACACAGAUUAUAGAAACAUGGUAUCUGGCUCCUUCU